AUGAUGGAGUUGGCGGAAGGUGUGCGGAGCGGCUCUUCGGUUUUUGCUGGUGUUUCUCCGAAUAAUGUGAUAAGGGCUCGAAGGCCAAGUGUGGAGGCACCGCCCAUGAUUUCCAUCCAGCGAUCACCGAGCGCAGGAAGCGGGGCUUUAGAGUCACGAAGUCGGUCCGAGUCACCGCGAGCGGCUUCAAUAGGACGGCUACCUCCACGGGGUCUCCCUGUUCCACUCCGUGCACAACAACAAAGGGCAAUUAAUUUGAGAUCAAUGAGCAGUUCACAAACACAAGAACGGAUCCUUCUGCCAAGAUCGAGAUCAUCCUCUCUCAUGUUGUCAUCUGCAGCCGUCAUACCGGCGGAUAUGGUAGCUUCGAAGCGGUUCACUCCCCCUGGGGGUCGGACCCCACUUGUAGGCCCGGCCAAGAGCCCACCGAUUGGUUUUGUUAAAGUCAUGGCGGGGCCACCACCUCCAGGGAUGGUUAAGAUCCCCGUUUCACCUUCGGCGAUAAAAUCGCCAGGACUAUCGCCCCAUUUUAACAGAAGUCAAACCAGUGUUUCAUCCCCCAUGCAGUCCGUGGCCCUACCGUCUCCGGCGUCUCCAGCACCUGCACUGACUCCGGGAUUGGCAAGGAAGUCCAGCGACCAUGUGAGUCCGGGAGAACGGAGUCGGCGGCGGCGAAGACGAUCGGAGGGGAAAAUUGUUGACACUCCACAGAAACACCGGUCACGCACGAACGAAAUGGAAUGUAUGGAGGGAUUGGCAGCUGCGACUGAAGGGAGUUUACCGGCGGAGCAAUCACGUCACCGUCGACAUCAUCGUCUCAGCCGACGUACAACUGCACGACGCUCAUCAUCAGCCCUCGCCGGAGAAAAAGCAUCGAAGGACGUUCCCCCGACUCCAGAAAACCCUGUUGUUAAUGGCGAUAAUGGUGAUGAAAUUGCGUUUGUCGCAGAGGAAGAAGGAAAGGAGGGCGCGAACACUGAAGCAAAGCAGCGUUCAGGGGACGCAAGAAAGUCCUCUUCUUCCUCUAGUGACUCCUCGGUUUCGUUCCAAUUUACCGAUACGAAUCCCCCUGAGGGCCAGUGUAAGGAGGAGGAGACUACACCGACCCCGGAAGAAAAAAGUGUUGUGAAUGAAAAGUGUGCGAAGCCGAUGGACGUUGAGUCACCACGAAGUGCAAGCCGCACACAACGUCAUAAUUCACAUAGAAUAUCGGCGCCAGAGACACCCAAGAGCAAGGGGUCCGGGAUAUCGAGCAAAUCCCGAUCUCGUUUUGGGUUACCUUCCGUAGAAGGGGUGCAGAAAGCAUCAGUGAUGGAAGUGGAUGAGGAGGAAAAAAUAGAAGAAGCGACACCUGCAGAGGGUAAACAUGAGCCUUCGCUACCUGUUGCCGAGAAUCCCAAAAAUCAGUGGAACGCAAUGAUGUCUACAUUACAAGAUCAGAGUUCCAAUGGUGUUAGCAGGAGAACGGCUCCGUCACUGGAAACGUCUAACAAACUUCAAGAAGCUAGUCGCAAGCAUAUUGCUGAACAGUUUCUGUCGAUUCUGUGCCCUCAACAGUUUUACGGGAAGGUUACUAAGCUACACCGCAUCCGCCUAAUAAACUCUGAACGCUCGCGAGCUCCUGGGUUGAAAGAGCACGCCACCAUUUUAGUUGCAUCCAAGGGUGUAUUGCCGAACCAGUUAUUUUAUCCACAGUUGCGUCUCGCGCAAUGCGAUGGGGUGGAAGCGACAUCUGCCGAUAUUCCGGGGCAGUUGGACACCUCCAUAGUUCUAUGUGAGGCGGCGCCAGGCAAUAUGGUGUUUGCUGGCACUGAAGUUGAGGCUGAACAUAUAUUUGAAAACGACUCUACCGUCACCAGCUGCUUUACUUUGGAUAAAUCCGCAAUUAUUUUCCGCGACCCCGUAAGGUAUGUGCUCCCAAAGGCCAUGUUGGAUGUCCGAUGGAUCCCGUAUUCUGUUCAAGGCUCCGAACCUCUUUGCCCCGUUCAUCACAAGGAGCUUCAACUGUAUGACAGCUCAACGAGAGAACUUUGUUGCUCUCUUUGUCUGUCGAAAAGUGGGGUUGACACAUCGAAAUUAAUUGUCGUCCCUGAAGCUCUCGAAGGUGAUUCACGAAGGCGCGUCACGGAAACCCUGGGCGAGCAUUUGAAAAGGAGCAUCGAUAAAACUGCUGAGUGGAUGGGCCAUCAUCAGCGGAUAAUAUCGGUGGCGAAGCACAAAAAGGAGGCCGUUAUUCGGCAAUUCGACAUGCUCAUAUCUGCGGUGAAAUCGAAGCGGGACGAAUUUUUGGAGCACUGUGAUGCUUCCUUCGCAUCGACAUUGAGCAGCGUAGCCAAAGAAAUACUACUGGCCGAAGAAAAAGUUGCACUAAUGAAAGCGGCAAUAGACCAUUUGCGCUCGGACGCCCUCAAGCCACUGUAUUCCCUUCAGGUUGCUACGGUGGCCAGCGCGCUUCACGUAGGGGAAGAAACCCCGUGGGGCACUUCGACGGAUGCAACUGACAUCUCACUUCUGAAUUCGGGGUUAUCGGUUAAUUUGGAGGGUGUUAUGGCGGAGUUGCAGCUUGUUUCCGUGGUCCCAUACACGCGUCCUCCUAGUUCCAGACGCCGCAGAAUGGGGGAUGAUAGACAGGAAGAGGUUACGCAGACGGAUGAUUACGAAAGCAAAAGAAGGACUUCCCAGAAAAGCGUUCCCACAAAAGAGUUAACCCUCGAUGACCAUUUGAAUCUGUCUACCCACCCACAUAAACGGCCUCUCACAAGCGUACGUCGCAGACGUUCAGUUGGGAGAGGAUCCCCAACCGGCCGACGAGCUGCACCGCUGUUGCCUCACGAGGUAUUUGAAGAUAGUGAUAUACUGGGAGAUGACGAGAACAUCAAGAGAGUGCGUCGCCUAGGGCAGUGGAUUACUGUCCCUGGGUGCCGGGGGACAUGCAUUUUCAAUGCCCCUAUUCACAAGAUUAUCAAGGCAUGUCGAGAGGGUAGAAACCUGUCGACGCGGCCAAUUGCACUCCAAUGGACUCUUCGUGUAGACGACCCGGGUGAAUGGGUUGGCAUUGGCGUGGGCGUAGGAGGUAAUUUAACAACAUGGAGUGAAAACCAUACGCCCGAUCUUGGCCACCUGUGGGUUGUACCUGAGGGUGCGAGACGUCAGCACUUUAACUUGAGAGUAACCUUAGCCCCACGAGUUGGUCACGCAAAACUAACCGUCCACAACACGAAUGGGAAGCAACUGGAUGACGGUCAUAUCCCACAGUGGAGGGCAGCAAGGAGCUGUUACCCACAAAUAACAUUUGGUGGACGCAUUGGUGACGUCAGGUUAAUUGACGGCCCCCAGUUGUUGACAACAUGA